ACGACAGUUUUACGGCCUAGUUUGCGGCUGCUCCUGCCGUGUUGCGUAGGGCGCCUGUGCUUGGGUGGUUUGUGCUUGAGGUUGGGAGUUGCGUCGCUCUUUGGUAAAGGCGUGCAGGUGUUGGCCGCGCCCUCUGAGCUGGGAUGAGCCGUGCUCCCGGUGGAAGCAAGGGAGCCCAGCCGGAGCCAUGGCCAGUACAGUGGUAGCAGUUGGACUGACCAUUGCUGCUGCAGGAUUUGCAGGCCGUUACGUUUUGCAAGCCAUGAAGCUUAUGGAGCCUCAAGUAAAACAAGUUUUUCAAAGCCUACCAAAAUCUGCCUUCAGUGGUGGCUAUUAUAGAGGUGGGUUUGAACCCAAAAUGACAAAACGGGAAGCAGCAUUAAUACUAGGUGUAAGCCCUACUGCCAAUAAAGGGAAAAUAAGAGAUGCUCAUCGACGAAUUAUGCUUUUAAAUCAUCCUGACAAAGGAGGAUCUCCUUAUAUAGCAGCCAAAAUCAAUGAAGCUAAAGAUUUACUAGAAGGUCAAGCUAAAAAAUGAAGUAAAUGUAUGAUGAAUUUUAGUUCAUAUUAGUUUAUGUAUAUGAGUACUAAGUUUUUAUAAUAAAAUGCCUCAGAGCUACAAUUUUAAAAAAUGAUUUAGCACAAGCUAAAUCUCAAAGCCUUGGUAUAAUUUUCUUGUUUAAAUUUGGGGAUUUUAAAUCAGAUUAUAGUUUAGAAUAUUUGCAUAUUAUGGGCAAGCACACACCAUCUGAAUAGAAACAUUGUUCAUUACUCAUUUAGCAGAUAAUUUGGGACCUAUGUCUACUUUUCAAGGCAAAGUAAAGAUGACAGUCCUUGCUCUCUUUUAUUUCAUGCAUUAAAAAUAGUAUGAUAAAGAUUUCAGAGUACAGGUCUGGUACAAUCACAGUUCAUUGCAGCCUCAACCUCCUGGGUUUAAGCAGUCCUCCCGCCUCAGCCUCCCAAAGUACUGGGAUUACAGGCAUGAGUAUUUACAUUGUAUUCAGCUAGCCCCUUAAAGGUACUGACCAUUUAUAAAUUAUUCCAUCAGUUGGCUAUUUCUUGACAUAAAUCAAACUUCUGCAAUUGUUAUGAUUAAGCUUAAACACUGUUAGCAAAACUGAAAUGUUCUGAAUAUCAACAUAUUUAAUUUGGACUCUAAAAUUUAUACACUAAUAAAUUUAAAUGAUGUUUAAAGGCAAAUUACUUACUGUUCGUCUAACAUAAAAUAUAUAAGGAUCUUAACCAGAGGACCUGUAAAAUAAAACAUCUGAUAUAAACUAGUAUGUAUUUCCCAGCAGGAGUAUUUCUUAUGUGUAGCUCUAAGAUGAUAAAUUAUACUACCUACCAUCUAAACUUCCUUAAAUCAUCAUAAGGUUCUUAAUUAUUGGAGGAUACAAGGACUUUUGAGGUUAAAAAAAAUAGUGGAGGUAACAUUUACCUGCCGUAUAAAGUAAAGGUAUAUCUGCUCUUUGUGUUUUCUAUCCUAUACCCUUGUUUAAAAUCUGAUGGAGUCUGUUAUGAUUUAUUGUAUGAUGAAACACUGGCUGCUAAGACUUUUAUGCAGGAUAAAUUAUUUCCAGGGACAAGGAGACAUGAAGGUACAGCUGGUUCUUGUUUGUGGUAAUUCUGUUCUUUAAGGUGGCUAUGAACACUGAAUUGGCAAAUAAGGAACAAGUUCCUAAGAGAAAUACAGAUUCUGUGACGCUUUGGUCACAAUAUUAUCUGCCAGUCAGUAUAUAACCUUGAUCAACCUGUUUCUGCUUGAAAACAUUCUUUAGUAUUUCAUUAACUUUGAAUUAACAGCCAACAGCACUAUAACUCAUGCUUGGCACAUCACGGCCUUCUUUGCAUUUAAGGACACUUGGUAGCACGCUUCACUACUACUCUUAGGAACCAUCUUGAAACAGCAAAAUCACCAACAAAAAGCACAAACAUGAAACUUGGCACUAAAUAGACCACAAAAAGGAUACCUGUUUAUGGUGUGAGAGCUUAAACAAGAUAGAGCAUUGCCUUGUGCACAUAAAGUGGUUUAAAUUUUUUGUCAUUCUGCAAAUACUCACAAAUGACCAGAAAAGGAUGUUGAUUUCGGAGUUACAAAUAAAUUUUAGUGAGUAGGCAAAUUCACAAAUAAGAAAUUCUACUAAUAAUGAGGAUCAACUGUAUUUUGGUUUACUAACCUUUUAUUUCAGUCCAUUGGACAAAUCAAAAAAUGUUUCUCUGAACAAGAGCUUUAUGAAGAAAUAGUUGAGACUUAAAAGCAAAUUUUUCAAAGACAGAUAGUGAUAAUAUGCCGACAGGCAAUGAAGCAUUAACUCUAAAAAGGGAAAUUUAACUUAAUAGGUAUAAAUACUUUUGAGUGUUCAGUGCAGACAACAUACCCGUUUUAAGACAGGUGUUAACACAAUGGAAACCACUUAAAAAUAAUACCAAGGAGCACAGCAGAGCACAUUUUUUUCUUGCAUAGUAAUCAGUUUUAUUUUCUCCAGGCUUACCUUUUUUAAGUAGAAGAAUCCAUGUUGCAUUGAAGGCUAUUAGGCAAACUGAACAUUUAAAUGUCAUCCAUGUGAGGGCUCUAGAUCAUGGUAGGUGAUUGAUACAAAUACGAUCCAUAAAAAAACUUUUAUCUUUUACUGGUAUUUUCUUACAAAAUACUUCAUCUGUAACAUUUGAGUACUUACAGUGUACUAGCACUGUGCUAAGUAUUCUUCCCGUAUCUCAGUAAACUAGUUAUGAUGUACAUUUUACAUGUGAGGAAAUGGAAGUUUAGUAAGGUUAAGCACCCAAGGCAACAUGCUGAGGAUGGCUGAUCUUUCUCAGAUCCUGAGUUCCAUUCUCUUAACUUUUUGUAUUAUGGCCUUUACAGUUCUGAUAACCUAAGCAUGUUUUCCUUGAUGGUACUGAGAUGUGAGUCUAGUACUUAUCUCUACAGAUCUAGCUUGGGGCCUUUGUCUUUACUCAUUGGUGCUUCCAGAUACAUUUUAAAGAAGGCGGCAUGAUUAAACACACUUAGGGAAUGAGAGGUAGGUUGCCAGUUAAACUUCUGCAGAAGCCAAGUAAACAGAAGCCAGGUAAAUCUGAGCCUUGAGACUUCAGCUUUCUCUGUAAAAGGGAAAGAUACGUGACCAACCUGAAAUUGUGAGGAUUCCUCCACAUUUUAUGGCUUGGGAAACAAAAGUCCAGGGCAAAUGGUCUUUUUCCUAAGGUCCCAGGGCUAGUGAAACUAGAAUUAGGUCCUGGGUGUCCUCUCCAAUUCGCUGUUCAUAUUAGUCCUCAUUAGAAGUUUGUGGGGAAUUCCUAUCUAUAGCCUUCAUAUUAGACCUCAAUAUCAGAGAUUUUUGUGAGUCAGCCUCUUCCCUUGCCUUUACUGGCCAUCUGGGCUGACAUUAUUAGAAAUGAGUCCUAAGGUGCUGUAUGAAAACUGCUUUGUUGGUAAGAAGUGAGCUAUAAUGGGUUGUCCUGGAAGUUAACUCUUUCUCCACCUUUAGUUUUUAAGCAAGUUCUCCUGCCAUCAAGUAUUUUCCAAAUGAUGAGAGUACUUAUGGAAACAUUUAAAUAAAUGGAAAGCCAAUGAGAACAGAGAAAAAUUAGGGAACUAGCUUAAUAUAUUGCCACAUUGAAAGCUGUAUAAAUUCAGUAUACUGAAUAUGUAUGCCCUCCC